CAAUUUUUAUGUCUCCCUAGCGGAAAUUUUAUCUUAGGUUCCCCAUAUAACCUUUGCAUCUCCCCUGCCCGUCCCUUGCGGCCAUUCACUCGUUGUCUCCAACAUCUUCCGAUAGGGCACAACCUGAACGCUCGAACAUCUAUUUCGUCUUAACCACCCUUCUUUGAAAGAUUUCGCCUUGAUGGAAUGAUGCUCUUGUGUGUGUGCUACGGCAUAUUUUUUAUCCUUACAGUGCAAGCCUGGAUUGCUCUCAUGCAACGGCCUCGAUACGGGGGGAAAAUAGCAGAUCAUCGUCACGUACUUCUUUUCUACGUCUUUAUUACGUUCGUAUUGGGAUCGAUAAGCUUUGGUAUAAACGCAAGGUAUACGGAGAUGAUCUGGAUUGAUCUUCGUAAUGCGCCUGGUGGCCCGCUCGCACUAAUUGAGAACUACAUGAGUUAUCGUAUCAACUUUGUAGCGCUUGCCAGUGGUCACCUCCAGGAGUGGUUCAUGCAAGCUCUGCUCCUCCACCGAUGUUUUUUGAUAUGGAAUUGGUCAAGAUGGGUGGUGGUCCCAAUGAUCUUACUCUAUGUUACUAUGAUCGCAUUCUCCAUUAUCGUCCUGGUCCAAGCGGGCAGUGGUGUCAGAUUUUACAACAUUACCAUGGAGAUUGCCUACCUCUGUGUCGAAGUAGGGCUCACCGUGAUCUAUACCGUUCUGGUGAUAAAUCGCUUGUUCGCCAUGCGAGGGCGUAUGCGGCAGGUCAUGGCCCAGUAUGAUUCAAGCACAUACAAUACCAUCGCCCUCAUGGUUAUCGAGUCCGCAGCACCAUACACUGUCUUCGCUAUUGUUUUUAUAGUUGCCUUCGCUAUGUAUUCUACCGGUCUCACCACUCUAUGUUUCCUGUCUAUCGGCAAAAUACAGGGCAUUGCCCAGUUGUUCAUCAUCAUUCGUGUUGCACAGGGGCGGGCAGUCACACGCGAGUGGUCGACCCGAACUCCCGCAAUACAUACAACCUUAGCAUUCUCAGGGACUGUAUCCGACUGCACAGAGGGGACCGACAAUGAACGAAUAGGAAAGCCAGAGCAGACCGUUCAGUUGCAUGCUGAUUCAGAGCAGGCGAUAGAAGUUACUGUGUCUGCGGUGACGUGACAAUUGUUGAUCUUUGAAGCAGCGAUAGCAUGGGACAGAUACCGGUAUUCAUUGCAGAAAUGAGAAGUUUCCUCUAUACUCCACAACAUCGUGAUCAUACACAUCGGACCAACCUCCAACUAUCACAGUUAUAGUCCCCCCCAGCUCUGUGCACGCUUCGCCCUAGUAUAUAUAGAGCUCAUACAACUCAUGAACAGUAUAUAGCCUGUUAUAGUAGAUAUGGUGUACUACUUAUAUAUGGUUGGCAUCCCGACUUGCCGCCCUUCUG